UUUUCCGAAAAAGUGUUUGUCACUUGACCAAAACUCUCUCUCUCUCUCUGAUCAGUUUUCCACAGACAUGGCCAAAUCCUCCACCACCACCUUUUCAACUCCUUCUUCAAAUCAAAACCAAACUCAUAAUUACAACACUUCAAAAAAAUCGCUUCUCAACUUAGACCCACUAUCCGUCAAAACCUCUUCUUACACUUCUCUCAAAGACGUGCUUCCUUUCUCCACCACCGCAGCCGUCAACUCCCCUGCCGCGAGCCACCACCACCACGUGUUCAUCCGGAACCGCCUCGUGAAGCAGGCCGCGUGGGCCUACCUCCAGCCCAUGUCCACUUCCCCCAGCGGCCCAUCAGGCCCACACUUGUUCCGCCGCCUUCACAACAACAACCCUCUCGCUGCGUGUCUCAGCUUCAUAUAUCAUCACAUAGUUCCCUCUCUCACCCGAACCCUACACCGAAUGCUCCACGCUAUCCCUUGCUUCAUUCGUGUAAUUCAAGAAUAGCACAGAAUUAGUAUUUGUACUUUGUUUCUUUCUCUUUUUUUUUAUCCCAGCUCCUAUAGUAUCAACCAAUUAAAAAUAUCAAAAUAAAAUUCUAGCUU